AUGUCAGAGCUCAAGGUUAUCCACGCCCAAAUUUUUAGGAUUGGCCUCUUCUUCGAUGAAUACAAUGCUAGCAAAGUCGUUGUCUUUUGUGCUCUCCAAGACUCUGGAAGCCUCCGUUGCUCGUUUGGCUACACCAACAAGAACUCGCCCUAUCAGGCACUUCUGUUUUACCAAGAAAUGCUAACUAGAGCUCUGGCCCCUGAUAGAUUCACGUUCCCUUCUUUGCUCAAAUCGUGUCAGGAUUUGCGUGAGGGCGAACAGUUGCAUUGUCACUCUAGGAAGCUUGGUUUUGCUUUGGAUGCUUACAUUCAGAACUCAUUGAUGUAUGCGUACUCCCAAUUCGGGUGCUUGGUUUUUGCUCGCAAGGUGUUUGAAAAAAUGGGGGAGAAGAGUGUGGUGUCUUGGGCGACCAUGAUUAAAGUGUGUAAGUGA